AUGACAGAAGCAUCGACGGAAGGUAAAAUAGAGGCAGUUAUACGGAGUAAUCCACAUUUUCCCAAAUCCAGAUUAAAUUCAUUGUAUAGUAAUUUUGAAAAUUUAAAACAUCUUAACCCAGAAGGUUUUGAAGCAAAUAUUCAGGCAUGGUCGAACUUGUUGACUGGUUUAAUACAAUCAGGAAUAUUGAGGGACUCUCAAUUAUCAAUUAAUACUUUUAACCCUAACAUUUCACAACUAUUAGCGAUACCGAUGUAUGGGCAACCUAAAGGAUUAGGAACGAUCUUAAAUGAAUUGGUUCAACGAAGAAUUCUUGUUCCAUAUUCCUUAUAUAGUAGUGCCACAGACUCAUUUGUAUCGAUUAUGCAUGACUCAAUGAAAUUCACGGAUUAUAUAUCGCCAGGGAAAUGGUUGCAAUGGGGUAUUCAACAACUAGGACUUGCUAGCACAUUCACUUCAACUAACAAAAAGGGUGAGUUGAGUAAAGAAAUCUAUAUAUCAUGGUCUAUUUUGUGUUCAGUGGGGCAGACUUUUAUUAAUCGAAUCCAGAAAGAAAUCAAUCUUGGUACAAGGAGUAGUUCACUUUUUGAUAAAGUUUCGUUUUAUAACUUUAUGAAAAGCAUAGAUCCUGGUCUUUCACAUACUGAUUUUGAUAUACUUCUCAUCUACUUCUCAAGAGACCUAGGGAUCUGCAAGAUAAAACAGCUAGACAGCAUUACGUGUAUUAAGUUUCUGAACCAAGAAGAUAUAAAUAAUAAUCUCACUGACGAGGAUAUAGGAAUAAUCAAGUUGAAAUCAACUAUCACAGCUAUCGAGAUAAGAAAUGAGGAUUUAGAAAAAAAGGUUUCGACUAUGUCUCAUAAUAUGAAAGUUCUUUUAAAGAAUAGAAACUCGACGAAUGAAACUGGAACCAACAUUAGAUUGAAAAAUAUGUUGGCAACAAGAAAAGUAAUAAUUUCUUCUCUAGAAAAGUCUUCCUCUGCAUUAGGUCAAUUGACUACCACUUUAUUGAAAAUAAAUGAUGCAACAUCUAACAAGAAUAUAUUUGACCUGUUGUCCAAAUCAUCUAAAGUUUUGAAUGCUUUAAAUGACAGCAUUAAUCUAGAUGAUGUGGAUGACUUACAUAUUGAAUUGGAAGAAGGUUAUGAUAAAACAGAUAAGAUUUCGGAGUCUCUUGCUUCUGGAAGUAAAGCUUAUACCAAUGAUGAAGAAUUAGAAAAUGAGUUAGACAAGCUAUACGAGGAAGAAUCAUCUAACGUGAAGCCUGUCAAUUCAAAAGAGACUAACAAAACGGAAGACGACGAUCUGGAAUUGAUUCGUAAACUUGGAGAUAUGAAAGUCACUGAUGAAAUACCUAAUGAAGAAAGAAGACAGCUAGAAGCUUUAUAA